CCGGCCGUGCAGCAUCUCUCUCUUCCCCUUUCCUUGUCUCUCGCGGCGAGGCGAUCGGAUGGCCUCGUCGUCGUCGUCCGCCGGCGGCCGGCUGGCCGGAACCCUAAGCCUGAGGCCUGGCGUGGCGUCGCUUAUACCGGGGUUGCCGGACGACGUGGCUGCCGUCAUCCUCUGCCUGCUCACGUUCCCCGACCAGUCCCGCCUCCGGGCGACCUCCCGUGCGUGGCGGCUACUCCUCUCCGCGGCCACGCUCCUCCCGCUCCGCCGCAGCCUGCGGCUUCCCCGACGCCACCUCCUGUGCCUAUUCCCGACCGACCCCUCCCUCGCCUCCCCGAUCCUGCUCGACCCCGCCGCCCCCACCGCCUGGUGGUCCCUCCCGCCGAUCCCAUGCUCGCCGCAGCUCUACGGCCUGGCCAACUUCGCCGCGGUCGCGGUCGGCGGCCAAAUCUACGUCCUCGGUGGCUCCCGCUUCGACGCCCGGAGCUAUCCCCUCGACAACCCCUCCUCCUCCGCCGCCGCCUACCGGCUCGACCUCGUUCUCUCCCGCCACCGCUGGGAGCGCCUCCCCGACAUGCGCGUCCCGCGGGGGAGCUUCGCCUGCGCCCCCGCUCCCAGCGGUGGAGUCAUCGUUGCUGGUGGCGGGUCCAGACACCCGACGUUCCCCUCCUACGGCAGCCGCACCAGCGGCGUCGAGUGGUACGACACAGCAGCGCGCGCGUGGCGCGUCACCGCGGCGAUGCCCCGGGACCGGGCCGGGUGCGUGGGGUUCGUCGCGCACGGGGCGGGGGAUGGGAGGGAGGAUGAGUUCUGGGUGAUGGGCGGGUACGACGGCUACACCACGGUGGGGGGAGUGGUGCCGAGUGACGUGUACUGCCGGGAUGCUGUGGCGCUCGGGUUGUGGAGUGGCAAGUGGAGGGAGAUUGGGGACAUGUGGGAGGAAUGGGAGAGAGCGCGGCUUGGGCCUGUGGCUGCCAUUUCUGCAGAAGAUGGAAGGGUCACAGAGGUGUUCAUGCUCGAUGGUAAUGAUAUCUUCAGGUAUAACUUCUCUUUGAACAGGUGGUUGAAGGAGGCUACAUUGAGGAGAAAGAUCCCAAGUACUCAAUCAUGUGGUUUCAUAGCCAUGAAUGGCGAACUUUAUGUUCUUACAUCAGCAAAAGUCCCUGUCGAAGCCUCAAGUCCAUGGAGGCAGUCGAAGAAGAGGCUGGCGCUGGAGUUUCAGGUUUACAAUCCUGCAGCGAAGACGUGGAGGGUGCUCACCACACAUCCCCCUGUUAACGUGCCCAUCGAUUUCAGGACUGCAGCUCUCUGUACGGUUGAGCUGUAGGUGUCUUGAUGAUCACCAUUCACUGUACAGAUUAAGCUAACUAAUCAGAAAUUUGGUUGCAAAUUUAGAUGUAAAUGGCGACAUCAUCCAAUGAUGUCAGGAAAUAGGUGAAAAUUCUUGCACUCGUGAAUGCUUUGGUAGCUUAUGUACGUACAUAUAUAUAUAUAUAUAUAUAUCUACAGGACGGUACAUUGCACAUUAUCUAAUAAAAAGGGACGGU